AUUGCUGCUAAACAAUCAGUUCGGUAAGAUUCAACUUUCAGAUUUUAUAAAUGCGCCAAAAUAAUAUAUGUGUAUUUACAGAGAGAAUAGUCUAAACUGAUUCAUAUGUAUUUAUUAUGAUUAUUAUAAAAUAGUAUGGCAAGUGCUGUGCCUAUGUGUACUAGACGUUGGUAUACAACUGAACCUCUUCCUACCCCUGGUUCAUCUACUACUGUUGACCCCAAAAUUGCUGCUAUUGUUGAUCAAAUUGAAGGUUUAACAUUAUUACAGACUUCUGAACUUGUAUCUCAGUUAAAGACCAGAUUGAAUAUUCAAGAUAUUGCUAUGCCUGUUGCAAUGCCUGUUGGUGGUGGUGCUAACAAUGGUGCACCCGCUGCAGCUGAAGAAGAAAAGCCUGCUGAGAAGACUGAAUUUAAUGUAAAGAUCGAAAAGGUGGAUGCUUCUGCUAAAGCAAAAGUUAUUCGUGAAGUAAAGAACCUAGCAGGAUUAAGUUUAGUUGAGGCCAAGAAGUUUGUAGAAAGUGUACCCAAGGUCCUUAAAGAAAAUAUUCCAAAAGAAGAUGCUGAAAAAUUAAAGAAGGCUCUCGAAGCCCUUGGUGCCACUGUCAUUAUGGAAUAAAAAAAGAUAUACACAAUUAUUUAUGAUAUGUAAUCUUUGUCCUUUUCCCCUCCUUCCAUGCUAUUAUUUUUUUUUUCUUGUGUGUGUCAUUAGAUAAGUACGUGUAAUAUCUUCUUUUUUUUUUCUUUAUUGUUAGAUAUUUUUUUUCUUUGAAAUAAAAAGUCUUCUGUGUAUAAAUCAAAA